UUUUAUUUUUCUUUAAUUAUUUUUUUUAAAUCAACAAAAUAAAAUUAAAAAAAAUAACUCAAACCACCCUCACCCGCUGCCAGCCCCUCUUCCUCCCUCCCCCCGCUUUGGCAAAUCGUUCUCCAUUAAAUCCCCAAAUCAAAACUAAACCAAUUUCCUAAUUUCAUAAUAAUAAACUUAUUCUUGAAUUUCAAAAGGAGAGAGAAAAUGAUGACAAUAGAAGAAGAUCAAGAAGAAUACAACUGGAGAGAAGUGCAAUUACCGUCGCAAAUACCAAAACCUGAAUUAGAGAGAGAAACUGGAGAGAGAAGGAGAGGCCGUGAUGUUGUAAUUGCAGUGGAUCAUGGGCCCAAUAGUAAGCACGCCUUUGAUUGGGCCUUGGCCCAUUUUUGCCGCCUCGCUGAUACUCUUCACCUUGUUCACGCUGUCUCCAAUGUGAAAAAUGAGGAUGUUUACCAAGCAACUCAGAUCCUGAUGGACAAAUUAGCUGUCGAGGCUUUCCAAGUUGAAAUGGUGAAGUCUGUCGCUAGGAUAGUGGAAGGCGAUGCAGGAAAGGUCAUCUGUAAGGAAGCAGAGAGGUUAAGGCCUGCUGCUGUGAUCAUGGGUUCUAGAGGCAGAGGUCUGGUUCAAAGUGUGUUGCAAGGGAGUGUUGGUGAAUACUGCAUACAUCACUGUAAGACAGCACCAAUCAUAAUUGUUCCUGGGAAAGAAGCUGGUGAGCUAUCAGCGGUUUAGUUGUGAAGGUCACAAGUCAUUCGAUUGUGUUGAUCGGUUGUGUUUGUAUUUACUAUAAUGUGUGUAGUGUGUAGUACAUUAAGAUUGUAUGUAAUGAAAACUUUAUUUCUGUAGUUAAAUUUGUUGUUCUAAGCAUUUGUAUAAUUAUAUAUCUCUUUUGUUGUAAGCUUAUGAGUACUUAAAAUGCUUUCUUCA